UUGUUGUUGUUGAGAAAACAUGGCGACCUCCACGCAGGUUUCAGUUUGGGAUGGUCCAAAAGUGUAUAAACACCAUGAACAGAAAUCUGUUUGUCACACACGACCAAAGUACAGAGAUGGAAGGAGACCGAAGGCUGUGAAGGUAUACACUAUCAAUCUUGAAUCCCGUUACUUACUGGUGCAAGGGGUGCCAGCGAUUGGUGUGAUGACCGAGUUGGUGCAGCUGCUCGCGCUAUAUGGAGCUAUUGAAGAGUACCGUGUGCUUGACGAGUAUCCUGCCGAAGAGUUCACUGAAGUGUUCCUUUUCAGAUUUCAAAAGCUCACAAGUGCGAGGGCAGCAAAGCGAAACACUGAUGAGAAGAGCUUUUAUGGUGGGUUACUGCACGUGUGCUACGCCCCUGAGUAUGACACAGUGGAGGAUACCAGGCAGAAAUUACAGGACAGAAGGAGAUACGUGAACAGAGUGGCUCAAAGCAAAGAAAAGGAACGUCAGGCAAAAAGUGAAGAGAGCAGGCCACUUGCUACACCAGGGAGGACCGAUCCACAGAAGACAUAUGAAGAGCGGGUACCACAGAAUUCUCCAAAGGAGAGGAGUUCAAGCUACAGAGACCAUUACCAAGGCUUUCCUUUGCUUCCUUUGCCCCCUCAAGAGAAGCUUUUGUGCCACCCGCCGCAUUCUGGUCCGUUGCAGCCGGGGAGGGAGUUACCCACAGAGGACAAAAUGGGCUCUUUGCACCACUACGUUGAUCCCAGCAAAGACCCUAAAAUCCACAUGGCUCAACGAGACCAAGAAACAAACAGCAGGCCGGCCAAGAAUGCAUCUUCAAUUAUACGAUUUUUACCAAGACCGGCUCACUUGGACAGUAGGAAACGCAAAGCAGAGAUGGCCAUCAGUCAGUCGUUAAUGGGUAUCAGUGAUGAAGGUGGACGUAUUAUCGGCCCCCAGUUACCGGAAAUGCCAAAGACAGACUUACAAGAUGUUUCUUUAAACAUUACAGCCAAUAUGAUAAGGAGCACAAUGUCAAAGAUUGCCUCAGUUCCAGAACCAAAGCCACCAGAGAAAAAGGCAGUUACUGCUAAGCCAAGGCGAAGAAUUUAACCACACCACACCAUUCCUUUCUAUUUCUGCUGGAAUCCAGCAAGGUUUAAUGAUGUUGUAAUAAAAUAAACUUAUUGAAAAAUAAAUCACUUUAUUUGUGUGCCUGUAUAAUUGCCAUG